GUGUACAGGAUGCGUUUCACAUCCGUGUGUGUUCACUAUUGAACAGCAGCAGUAAAGAAACCGAGAACACGAUAAUAAUUCAGACAUUUUGUUUUAUAAAUCAACUGUCCCUCAACUACAGGAAGUGACAUCAACGCACACACUUCUUUUGUCUGACGACUUUAUCCGGAGGAAGUGAAGCUCAGGCAGCUGCUUCACCGGAGGGAAAAAAAAAAAACUAAAAAAAAAAAAAAAAAAAAAAAAAAAAAGAGGGGCAAAAACUUCACUGGUUUGCAGGAAUUUGGACACAUUUUGGAAACUGUAUCGAAACCGUCCGGAGCCUCGAGAGUCCCGGGUAGGGAGACGGAGUCGUCGUUACCGAAAUGAUGGAAGAUUCUCAUUUUAAUUCAUCGUAUUUCUGGUCUCCGAUCCCCACCGUACCAGGACAGAUUGAGAAUGCCAUGUUUUUGAACAAGGUGAAAGAGCAACAGGAAAAGAAUGCUUCCUUCUCUUCCUCUGCACCCCACUACCAAACAGCUCUUCUCACCAUCCCCACUCCUGGGACAAAGACAGAUGGAGGAGGGCAGGCAGGUAGUGUGGCACACCUCCACCCUCCUCACAGCACCCAGAACAUGCUGUCUGUACCCUCCACAGGCAUCAUGACAGCAGCUGGUCUGGUCAUCACCACUCCUCAGGGAACACUUGUCUCUCCCACCUCGUCUCAGUCAUUUGUCUCUGGUCAUCCAGCAACGACCAUGAUUGUUUCAGCACUCCAUUCUUCAGACAAAAAAGAAGGAGAUGGGACUUCCCAUGUGGUUGUGAUGCCAGCGCCCUCCAAACGAGGCCGAAAGAAGAAGACAGCUCUGUCCAGGGUCGGCCCUGUGGGGGGACCAGGGAAUGAGACUCUAAUACUGGCUCAUCUGACAGCCGGCGGCCAGGUGACAUCUUUGCAGCAUCAUACUGGGGACCCGUAUGACCUGUCAAAUGAAGAGGAAGACCAUGGCCCAAAAGAUAGUACAAAGACAUACAGGUGCCGGAUGUGUGCGGCGACCUUCCUCAGUAAGUCUGACAUGCAGAUCCACUCCAAGUCGCACACAGAGGCCAAACCUCACAAGUGUCCUCACUGCGCCAAGUCAUUCGCCAACUCCAGCUACCUGGCCCAGCACAUCCGCAUCCACAGUGGGGCCAAGCCUUACACCUGCUCCUACUGCCAGAAAUCUUUCAGGCAGCUCAGUCAUUUACAGCAGCACACACGGAACCACACAGAGUCAAAGCCUCACAAGUGUCCCCAUUGUACCAAGUCAUUUGCCAACUCUAGCUACCUGGCCCAACAUGUCCGCAUCCACACUGGAGUGAAACCCUACACCUGCACCUUCUGCCAAAAGUGCUUCAGACAGCUCAGUCACCUUCAGCAGCACAACAGGAUUCACACUGGAGAUCGGCCAUACAAGUGUACUCAUCCAGGCUGUGAGAAAUCCUUCACACAACUCUCAAAUUUACAGUCCCACCGGCGGCAACACAACAAGGACAAGCCCUUCAAGUGCACCAACUGCAAUAAAGGAUACGUAGAUGCAGCGAGCCUGGAGGUGCACAUGUCUACACACACAGUCAAACAUGCGAGGAUCUACUCGUGUGGUCUCUGCAACCGUACAUAUACCUCAGAGACGUAUCUGGUGAAACACAUGGAGAAACACAACCCAGACCAGUUGACUGCACCAGCACUUGUGGCAGCACAGUCGGCACAACAGAACCAGAACCAAAGCCAGGGCCAGGCUGGAGCUCAGAGCCAGGUAGAGAGUGCAGAUGGAGGAUCAAGCCGACCUGGGGGACACGGGAGUGGAGGAGCAGGCGGAGGCCAGCAGGGACAGAGCCAGAGCAACUAUCCCCAGACAGACACCAUUUCCUGUCCAUUUGAUAUGCACCAGUAUAAGACAGUGUCUGCCAGUGACAUCCAGUACAAACCAGUCAGUGUAGCUGACCUUACUUCCCACAAGGACCUCUGUCUCACUGUGUCAGCAUCCACUAUUCAAGUGGA